AUGAAAUUAAUGAAAUGUAUCAAAAGGUACUCUACGAUAUUCGUAGCAGAUCUAACGACUUCGGUUGGUCUCUUUUAUUUAUGGAACAAGGGAUAUAAACAGUUUGUCCCAUUCGCGUCUCUAUGUGGUAUUGGUGCUUCUUACCUAUACUGUCGCCUAAAAUCUCGAAGUAAAAUAUCCUCGAACCAUGCGAUUGUUAUUACUGGCUGCGGUUCGGGGUUAGGAUACAGUCUGGCUCUGCAUUGUCGGGGACUCGGAGCAACUGUAAUUGCCGGUGUAUUGCAAAUGGGUUGUCCUGGGGCUAAGCGGCUGGAAAGCGAAGGCGUACUCGUUUAUCCUUUGGACAUCACGCUAGUUAACAGCGUUGAAAAUUUCACGAACUCCGUUCGGACGAUUUUGACGGGAAGAAACUUAACGUUACGAUGUUUGAUCAAUAACGCGGCUGUGAUGGUCUUCGGUGAAUUUGAAUGGCAAACAGACGAGCAGCUGAGGAAUCAAGUGGAAGUGAACUUACUGGGUACCAUGAGAAUUACUAGAGAACUGAUGCCGUUGAUCCGCGCCCACUUUACCCGGAUUAUCGUAGUCUCGAGCCACUGUAACAUGCAGCCGAUUCCUGGUGUAGCGGUUUACAGCGGAACCAAGGCUGCCCUCAGUGCUUGGGCUACUGCCAUUAGAGUGGAGUUGAAGAAGUACGGUGUCAAGGUCGUUUGCUUUGUUCCUGGUACGUGAUCAAAAGCAUAAAAUCUAUCGAAAUUAAUAUUAAAUACAAAAUUAUAUGUAUAAUUAUAUUAUAUUAUAAUUAUAUUAUAAUAUGUAUAAUUAUAAUAUAAUUAUAAUUUAAUUAUAUUAUAUUAGUACAAAAUUAUUCUGCAGAAGGAAAAAAAGAAAAACGAUUUCAUGCAAAGAAUAUCUUCUUC